AAAAAAAUUAAAAACCUAUGGGGCACGUAGUUCUCGUGAGUACUACGAAUGAGGUUGGGAGGGGCUUUGAGACAGAGGCUCCGGGGUGUCGCAGUUGCGCGGCUUUUGCUGUCACCCCGUGGCCGUAGGGAGUGUGUGAUGCGGAAUGUAGCCAUAGCGGAACUUGCAGCUCAGCCGGACAGUUGGCACAACAGGAUUGCCAUCCGGGAGCCGUAUCUGAUACUGCAUCACUGGCUGUCGAUCGCCAUGGACAUGGAGCCGCAGAGCAAGGCGCGUGUGGCCUGUUUGGCCACGGUGGACGAGGCGGGCCAGCCGGUCACGCGAAUGACCAGCGUCGAGCAGAUUAACGCCUCUGGGCUGACGUUCUACACGGCGCUGGGCAGUCGCCUGGCAGGCGAGAUCCACGCCAAUCCACAUGUCUCCUUGCAGAUGUAUUGGCCACACCUGGAGCGCAGUGUGCACAUUGCCGGGACUGUGAGUCCGGUGUCCGCCUUGCAGGCGCAGCUGCAGUUCGCGCGCUAUCCGCGUGAAGUGCAGCUCAGCAUGCACGGCAUACAAACUAGGAAACGCAGUCUGCUGGGCAAGAUCAAGAAGUGUCUCUCUCUGAUCCUCAGCGAGCAGCGGCUGCCUAAAGUGCCUGUGCCCCCCAACUGGGGCGGUUUCCUCUUAAGUCCCACUCUGUAUGAGUUCUGUCGCACCUGCCCCAAGACGCAGGGCAGGCAUUGUAUGCGGUUUCGGCGAUGUCUUACGCUGCCACGCGGCAUGCGACGUGAAACUCUCAAAGCGGAUCGUUAUGACUGGGUGUUCGACAGCAGCGUUCAGGAUUCCUGAGAAAUACGAUGAGAAAUUCUAUGUGCAGACAUUAAAAACGUAAUAUUAAUAUUUAA